AUGGCCAAAAGCAAAUCGAACUCGCGCAGUUCUGGCAAGGGAUCAGUACCAAAGAUGAUGACGGCCGAUGGACUGGACCAUCCCAUCAGUCUCAAGCUCUGCAAGAGAUUGAACCGAUUCUUUGAAGCUUUGACGCUGCUGUAUAGUCUGUUUCAAGCUUGUCCGAGCAAUGGGCAGCACUCCAACAAAACUCCAAGCGACGUUGCGGAACCAGGCGAAAAUCACAGGACAUUCAUGGAAUGCUUCAUGAAUAAGCUGGCGCAAAUAUGCGACAACGAGCACGGAGGCGAGAACGUCACAUCCGUCGCCAUGAUUCAGUUGCCAGAUAGUUUGAGGUACACUUUUGCAUCCAACCAGAGGUCUGCUGAAGAGAUAGCGGAAGUGGAGGCAUUUGUCUUGAGUAUCUUUAAGUACUUGAGUAAAGCAAGUGCGACGAUAUCCACUACGGAGGACGACGUCACUUCAAACCCAUUCCACCAUAUUCUCGGCCAGAUUGUGUUCUUCCAUCGCAAGCGCAUCCAGUGUUAUCGAGAUGGUCUUGUAAAAACCCUAUCUCAAUGCAUUGAAGACUGCGACAGGCGCGAGCCUGGCCAGGAUUCCCCAGUUAAGCAAGAACUGCUGAAGCUUCAAUGUGUGGCUGAUAAGUCGAUGUCGUCUGCUGGUGACUGCGCUUCAAAGGAGAGAGACGAAGCACUCGUCCGGGCAGCUACGGAACUACGUCAAUCGAUAAUUUACAACUCCAUCGUGGACAGAGGAAAAUCAGGAAAAUUUGACGAAUCUCAGUACUGGUGUGAAUUGCAACACUUCAUUGGGCGGCUGGUGUCUUACCAGAGGGCAACCCAUACCAUAUUCGUGGCCCGAAGGCGCUACCCGGAGCUUUUCGACAUUGACGGCAUCCAAAUCAAGUUUAUUGCCUCGAGCAAGCGGUUACCCAACCCGAUGAACGCGUUCCAAGCUGGCCUCAUCCCCAUGCAGAGAAACAAAAUUCGCUCCGCGCACAACAUUCUAUCUCGAAUGACGGGUGAUGAGGAGAUGAUGAAGACUUACCAGCAAUACGCCGAUGAACUCCAACGCUGCCAUCUCGAUCAGAUUAUUGAGAAACAGUGCUGCAAUAAGAAAUUCAAGCCGAUUGUCCAUAGCGAGGUUCUUCUUCUCGACUGGCUGUGCAAAGAGUUCGCAGAGGAGAGGCACUCUGUCCCUUUCUAUGGGGGCAACAAGUACAUCGGUUGCAGCAAGCCUACGUGUCGACUCUGCGAGUACUACUUUGCUGCCCACAACAGUGGUGUCAGAGUCCGCCCUACUCACCAAAACGUCUACCCCAGCUGGAUCGUUCCGGACGCCUUGGAAGAGGGUGAGAUAUCAAAGAUCAAAGACAAGAUCAUUGACGCCGUUUUGGCAAAGGUCCGCGAAGACGCCUUCACUGCGCUGAGGGAGAAAGUUUCCGAGCGCAAGAGGUUCGAUUCCGAUACGUAUUCUUCGAUGCCCACCUCUCAGUCGCUUACGGGCAUUUCAGUCACUCUGGAUGACCUGUCGUUUCGGAUUGGAGGUCUGUCCAUCUCGCCUCACCCGCGCAUUCCACCGAUUGUCGUCAAGAGCAGGCUGAACAUCUUUGAUGAUACUUGGAGCGUGGCUGCUCACGAAGAUUAUAGUGGUAGCGAGGAUGACAACAGCGGCGUCCUUGUCUUCACUGGUCGCAACAAGCGUUCCUAG